ACUAUGCAACAUGCCAAUGUGUUGGCAAUUUCAGUGGAGAUGAGAGGACGUAGGUGUCUGAGAGCCUUCAGGUGAAAGUUACAUGAACUGAUGAUAUGGUUGGUUUGACUGUUGAAGGAUAAAGUUGAAUCUAGGAUCAAACCGAGGUAUCAGAAGUUAUCGGUGAACCUGAUGCUGUGACCGAAGAUGUGUAUGUGUGUUGGGAGUGCUGAUGAGUUGAGACGUUGCUUGGUACCUAACAUGAUGGCCACUGACUUUUUCGGAUUAAGGACUAGGUUGUGUGCAGUGAACCACUGAUGCAAGGCGGUGGUACAUUAUUCCGGACAUGCCCCCUUGUUCCACUCUGUUCGCGAUGAUCGGCACGGAGAGAUGUGCUUGCCCGUCUUGUUCUUAGUUUGUUGAGUUCGCCUGCCCUCAUUCUACACGUGACGGGUCGCAUUGUGAGACGGUAUAUGUUGCACACUCGAAAUGAAGGACGUGGGCAGAUGCUCCAAAUCGAGGGCAAACACAUUUAUUGUGGUUAAUCUGUAAGAUGCAACAGCACGUGUGUCACACACAGAAAUCCUCAACCGAGUCGCCAUCAACCACGUGGCUGAUGUACAAGUCCAGUUAAUCAAUAACCCUGCCAGCCACCCACAGGCCCAACUCAUCACAAGCUGGUGUACACACGUGCAUUGAUGUACUGCAAAAGCACAUAAGGACUUAUUAGAUAAGUAAUAUAUAAAAAAAAACUUUUUUUAAACACGCUUUUAUGAAAUGUACUAGUGAUGGAAGAACUCCACGACUCUAGGAAGUGACCCCGAAGCUUGCCACAACGUAAGGACCGUGGCCAAUUACAGCCAACGUCAGUUGACCGUGGACAAUUAGACCCAAGCCGAAACAUAACAUAUAAAAAAUAAUGUAAAAUAUUUUUUUAUGAUAGUAUUGUCAUCAGUAUGACAUAAGUAAACCAAGUUUGCAGUCGAUACCACAUUGGGAAGUGGUUUAAAAUUGAGUUACAAAAUUUGAGGAUACAACAACGACAACAACAACAACGACGACAGCAACAAUAACAGACAAACGAGGCCAGCAGUUUAUGAAGCUCAACUGGCACUUUCUAUUAUUGCUCAAAGUCCUCACAUAAGGCGUUGCGGUUCGAAGGUCAGAGCACAGUCGAGCACACACAAGGGGAUGGAGCAAGACCUAGUAUUCAACCUGGCACAGCCGGAGGACUACGGAGAGGUGAUGCGCAUGUCUGAAGGCAUUUACGAAGGGAAAGACUACCUGCCAAGCGUGUACCACGACUGGCUCAAGGACCCAAACAGAACCGUGAUGCUCGCACGGCUACAGGGAAGAAUCGUGGCACUAGAAUCUUUGCUGCUGACGGACGGGGGGGCGACGGCCCUCGUCGGUGGUCUCCGCGUGGCCCCCAAGCACCGGGGCAAAGGAGUGGCCGGCCUCAUCCAGCGCCACACCCUGGAGCACGUGCGGCAGCGGCACUCCGGCGUGGUGCGCAAGCACGUGCUGCGCGGGGACACGCUGGGCCCCGAGGUGCUCAAGAGCCACCGGCUGCUCUUCACGCGGGUGAUCUUCCACCUGCAUGUGACAUCGGAGGCUAUGGCCGCCACCGUCGCCCGAGCCGCCGCCCUCACCGACCGCUCGCUGUCUCUGGAGGUGCGGCAGAGCGAGGCGGAGGCCAUCCUCCUGAACGCCGCCGUCAUCGACGAUCUCCUCCCCGCGCGCCUCUUCGUGCACAACUGGGAGCCCUGCCGCCCCGACCCGGUCAACUUCCCGGCUCUGAGACGUCUCGCACUCGCCUGGGCGACGGACGACCCGCGCGAGCCCUCCGUGUUGAGCGUCUGCGGCCGCGCUUUUCCCAUACCCAAGCCGAGCCGCUGGUGGCGGCAGGACGUCGACGUUUUGAGCAGCAGCAGCAAGAGUAGCUGCUGCCUUGCAGCGGUCAAUGCGCAGGUAGCGUUUCACUUGGCACGGGCACCGGAGGAUGCUCCUGGAGGCAACGUUGUGCUGUACGUGAGCGUGGAGAGCGCCUUGGCCGAUGGGGUCCAUGGCUUCUUGGCCAAGGUCCUUGGCUCGGCCGCAUUGAUCGAUAGACUCGAGCAGAAGCUUUUGGAAGUAGAUUUGUAAGGAGGUUGUGAGCUCAUUUCUUGUUUUCGUAGCCGUGUAAUCUCUGUGAAAUGGGCCGCGUUCAUUUUGGCGUCCGAUUUCUAAAUGUCAAAUGCCGCGUAAAUUAUUACGUAGAAUUUUAACUAUUUGGAGUAUGUGGGACAUCGCACAUAAUCCGAGGCUCUUCUCCAAAGUAGUCUGGCGUAGAGAGAUUAUAAUUUUUACAUUUAGAUGUGUGAUGACCUCUAAAUUUAAAUUCAAGGUUUAAUAAAUAGUAUUCACCAUUACAAAUGUUGGGUCUUCGAUCAGAAUUGUCAUCUUGGCACACAAGCUGUUGCAAAUGUUAUAGAGCUUAAAUCAUUGACGUGAUUAUAACUUGUGAACGCGUAUAUCCAGCGCUCCAGAUGGAGGUUUAACAGGAGGCCUGAACCUGAUCUUGAUUUGGAAAAUGUUUAAUUCCUUCAGUAAUAAUGUGGCCUAAAAGCACACAAUUCAGUGGACGAAACGUGGCUGGGUUGUUCGCGCAGUUAAUGCCAUGUUGGAGCAGAUCCGGCAUUGUUGAGAAGUGAUGGUUCGAUUGGGUUCUCAAGUGUAUCGAGUUUAUAAACUAUUUUUUUUUUACCAUAUAAAGCCCACUGAGCCAUAUAGCUCUUUUUCAGAAGCGACCUGGCCACAAAUGAUAGCUCAACGAGGUGGCUUAUCAUGUGGGAAUUUAUAGCAGUCACAUACUCUGAAUGCAUGUUCAUUCUAAAUAGGCAGGGAAACACCGGGGAAAACAUACAAACUCCAAAUAUACAGGUGUCAAGGGUUUUUAUCGAACCCACGACCUUCUGCAUAACAGGCGAGGUAAUUAACAUCUCGCUACCGUCGUGUCCAUGGUCUUAGCCGGGUCAUCAAUGCCUGCCCAUCCCCAUAAAACUAUCGCAAUGAAUUUGGUUCUGCACUUUAGUUUAUCAAAAUUCCAGCUCUUUGGAUUAACAUAUUUGUUUUGCACAACAGGUGUGAAAGCGUUGCCCUCUGCUGUGUGAACGGUCACUUUAAGGAAUUUCAGAGGUUGCUCUGUCAUGUCCACUUCUGUGGAGCAUUCGCUGAAUGUAAGCGGUGCACUGCUCUACAAUAGAUCAGAAUUAGCACUUUGCCUCAUGGCAUGACAAUCCAUAGAAACAUUGGGAUGCAACAGCUCUGGUUAAAUAUAAAAUAAUUAAAUAGUUUUGAGUGGUAUGCAUGUGUAGUGCCUGAAAGUACGCGUCACGCGCGGAGGUCGGUGUGCGCGCAUGCGGCGUACAGUGGGAGCAAAUAAGGACACGGGCCGCUGAUUGGCUGGUCAUUGUUGUUGUUGUCGAGAUGUGGGGCCGCGCUGUCUGAAGAUGGUAGCAGGUGGCAGGGAGUAAUUAAGGACGCAGGGCGCUGAUUGGCCGAGAGGGUGUUGUUGUCAUGGAGUGGCGCCGCAUUGUCUGGAAAAACAUGCCAAGUGGCAGUGGGGGCUGGGGGCGAGGGGCGUCGCGGGGGAUGCCCCUGAUUAAUUGGGGAUUAAUUGGCUCGGGGAUAAAGACAGGGGUUUUUGGAGGAGACGGGGGUUCGCGCCUGGGAGGAGACAGAGGAUGGAAGAGUCGGAGCAGCAGAGCUAAUAACAGUAUAGGGUAGCAGUGGAGAAGCAUAGGAUAGCAGUGGAGAAGUGUAGGGUAGCAGUGGAGAUGUGUAGGGUAGCAGUGGAGAAGCGUAGGGUAGCAGUGGAGAAGCGUAGGGUAGCAUUGGAGAAGCAUAUGGUAGCAGUGGAGAAGUGUAGGGUAGCAGUGGAGAAGCAUAGGAUAGCAGUGGAGAAGUGUAGGGUAGCAGUGGAGAAGUGUAGGGUAGCAGUGGAGAAGCGUAGGGUAGCAGUGGAGAAGCAUAGGGUAGCAGUGGAGAAGUGUAGGGUAGCAGUGGAGAAGUGUAGGGUAGCAGCAGAGGUGGGACAAAGUCAUUGUUAUGCAAGUCCAAGUCGAGUCUGAAGUCAUCAAAUUCAUGACUCGAGUCUGACUCGAGUCCAAGUCACAUGACUCGAGUCCACACCUCAGAGGUGGGACAAAGUCAUUGUUAUGCAAGUCCAAGUCGAGUCUGAAGUCAUCAAAUUCAUGACUCGAGUCUGACUCGAGUCCAAGUCACAUGACUCGAGUCCACACCUCUGGGUAGCAGUGGAGAAGCUUAGGGUAGCAGUGGAGAACCGUAGGGUAGCAGUGGAGAAGUGUAGGGUAGCAGUGGAGAAGCGUAGAGUAACAGUGAGACGACGAAGCCAGUAGGAAGCGGCUGGAGUGUGGGAAGAGAAGCUGAUGUAGUUACGACGGAGUGGGACGGCGGAGCUGAUAACGAGCAGCCAAACUGUGGCGGAGAGAGUGGAGAGGAGAGUCGACGGAAGAGUGAUGGGAAGCGAGUGAGGCUGGCGGAACGCGGCAAGCGAGCGGAGAGCGUGGAGGAGAACUGUGGAUCGGUGUUAGCGGGAGGAACGUUGAGCGAUGUUGGAUGGAGAAGUGUUGAUCGAAAUACGCGAAAUAAAGUAAAGAGGAAAGACAAGAAGCUGUCGUGUCGGUUCGAGCACUACACAUGUAAUUCAAGGGAGCUCUGUUAUUAUCUUCCAGAGGGCAUUGUUUAAAACUGGUUUCUGUAAACUUGAGGUGGAAAUGUCCUCAAUUCCACAAUAUGACAUUGAUAGUUCAAUUGAAUAAUAAUUUAGAAAAAGACAAAGAAGCACCGAUAAUCUAUUUUGUCAAUCCACUGCUGGACGAGGAUCUCCCCCUUGCCCCGUGGGUCGUUGGUCGUCAACGCGAUCACAUUUCACAACAGGUCCCAUGAUGUAGCUGCUCACCCCGAGCUCUCAGUGUCUUGAUAUGCAUUGUCUUUGUGCUGUGGUCGCCUUUUGGCUUUCUCCGGUCUAAUACUGUUUGAGACUAGGCUCUAAAGAAAGCUGUCUCUGGUGUGGACCAAUCAGUCUCAACGACAAUGCAUAUGUAGGACUUGAAAUGUCACGCGCCACGCGUUGUUGCUAGGGGGAGCGAGCAACGUACAGUGGGGGUAACUGAGGACAUAGAGUUGUUGUUGUGCCAAUUAAGGGGGAGGUCUUGAAGAUACGCCACAGGUGUUAAGGCCAACUAAGGACGCAGGCCGGUGAUUGGUCGAGAGAGUAAGUGUCUACGAAAACAACAUCACGUGACAUCACGUGAGGCUGGGGGCCUGGGGGCGAGUAGUGAAGCGGGGGAUGAGAUAAUUAAUUGUGACUGAUUGGUUUGGGUAUAAAGGCACAGCGUAACGGAGAGACGGGAGUCUUGGUUGGUGUUGGAGUCGGAGUUGUUGGUGCCCGAGAUAGAGACGGAGCAGCAGGGAGCAGGAAUAGAUGUGAUAAGGGUAGACAGAGAGAAUACAGAUAGGGCAGCAGUGGAUAGAGAGAGUACAGCGUACGGCAGCAGUGGAUAGAGAAUACAGAUGGGGUAGCAGUGGACGGAGCGAGUACAGAGUAGGGUAGCAGCGGAGUAACGGACCUUGGGGGAGAGAGAGAGAAGCGAGCGAAGUCGCGGAGCGGAGCGAGCGAACGGAGAGGCAUGGAGUGAUGACGAGGAGGAGGUGUGAACUAUAUGCGUGAAUAAAAGAGACGAGAAAGACGAAGCUGUCGACUCAGUACGAGUCCUACACAUAUACUGACAGAGCAUGUUUGUUUUAGUUUGCAUGUUCGCCACAAGUAUAUUUGGUUAAUGCAGACACGAUUCCUUGCAAAAGGUUUAUGUUUGGUGUUUUAACAUCUUAACACAACUAUUUUUAUUGCCAGAACGGGUGAAACCUAUUCUUAUAUUUUGAUAUACUGGCAAGGGAGGUCCCAUGAUGUAGCUGCUCGCCCAGAGCUCUCAAUGCCCUGAUAGUGGCAUUGUCUUUGUGCUGUUUGCCUUUUGGUGUCCUCUGGCCUAAAACUGUUUGAGACCAGAUCUAAAAAAACUAUCUCUGGUGAGGACCAAUCGGUUUCAAAGACAAUGCAUCAUCUACUACCAGAGUGUGUUUUCUUUGCAUGUUCACCACAAGUAUCUGUGGUUAAUGCAGACAUGAUUCCUUGCAAGAGGGUGAUGCGUGGGGGUCACGAUUGUUGCACAAGCACAGUCAAGCUUGCGGCCCACUGAGGCCAAGGAGGGCUGCUCACGUGGCUUACCGACUCCUCUAGGAUUGUCCACCAGUGCGUCAUAGAAUAAGUGCAGCACAGAGGUGGAUUUUUUGCCACGCUGUCCUCUGCUGCCCACCAUGAAGAAGGAAUGAAAACUUCACCGAGUGUGCACGUUCUGCAACGCCUACUCACAUAGACCUAGUAAAUAAGGCCUAGUAGAUAAACCUAGGACAAUAAGUGUAAUGCAAUAGCGUGAAUAUUAAUAUUGUAAGCAGGUCUUGGUUUUCCUGGUCUUGUCAGUAAAACCCAUGUUGCUAUGGGAGUUCACAAGUGCCAUCCAAAUCCACUCUAUCUCACAGGCACGUAACCAUAGUACUGUUUGACACGUUGUAGGCUUUCGCGACCAAUAUUAUUCAUAAUAAACG